AUGUCCAAACCACUCGUCUCACACAUCUACACGGCAGACCCUUCAGCCCACGUCUUCAACAACAAACUCUACAUCUACCCCUCCCACGACCGCGAAACAGACAUCGCCUUCAACGACAAUGGCGACCAAUACGACAUGGCCGACUACCACGUCCUCUCAAUGUCCGAAAUCAAUGGCCCAGUAACAGACCACGGCGUCGUGCUCCGCGACAAAGAUAUCCCCUGGGUCUCGAAACAGCUUUGGGCGCCCGACGCAGCAGCCAAGAACGGGAAAUUCUAUCUCUUCUUCCCGGCUCGGGACCACGACGGCAUUUUCAGGAUUGGUGUGGCUGUGUCGGAUAAACCUGAAGGGCCUUUCGUGCCGCAGAGUAAUUUCCUUGAGGGAAGUUAUAGUAUCGACCCGGCUGUUUUUGUCGAUGAGGAAGCUGGCGGUGAAGCGUAUUUGUAUAUCGGUGGGAUUUGGGGUGGACAGUUACAAUGCUGGGUUGAAGAAGAGGGAAAUGGAAAUGACUCUGAGUGCGGAGAGAAGAAACUCGUCUUCGAUGCCUCGAAAUCAGGUCCCCAAGAACCAUCUGGUGAAGGUGUCCUCGCUCUCUGUCCGCGCGUUGCACAGUUAUCAGAUGAUAUGUUGAGUCUCACGACGCCGGUGCGUGAACUCCAGAUUCUGGCUCCCGAGACGGGAAUGCCUAUUCUUGCUGAUGAUCAUGAACGGCGCUUCUUUGAGGCUGCGUGGAUGCAUCGCUAUAAUGGGACGUACUAUUUCUCGUAUUCGACGGGUGAUACGCAUUUCCUGGUUUAUGCGACUGGAAAGUCGCCUUGGGGGCCUUUUACGUAUCGGGGGAAGAUUCUUGAUCCUGUGCUUGGUUGGACGACGCAUCAUUCUAUUGUUGAGUUUCAGGGGAAAUGGUAUUUGUUUUAUCAUGAUUGCGAGUUGUCUGAGGGAGUUGAUCAUUUGAGGUCUGUUAAGGUCAGGGAGAUUGUUUACGAUGAGGAAGGGGACAUUCAUCUUGCGCAGUGA